AUGUUACCAGUCCACUCUUUUUUUUUUUCCAUUAUUUUUUAUGCCGCAUCUAUCCAGGCUCGAUAUGUAUUCUAUUAUGAUCAAUACCACAAAAACCUACCCCCGACUACUAUGAAUACAGGAAUCGAUCAUGUGAUUAUGGCCUUCGCAAAUUCCUCUCUCUUUACCACGUCACCAGCUGGAGAAUAUGUCCCAUUUGAAGACAUACCCACUCUGCGCACCAAAUUUGAUGCCGAUAUCAAAGUUCUAAUUGCUGUUGGAGGUUGGGGUGACACUGCAGGCUUCAGCAUGGGAGCUGCAACAGAAGAGUCUCGCAAGCUGUACGCUACCAAUAUUGCUGCUAUGCUAGAAAAAUUCGGAUUUGAUGGAGUCGAUAUAGAUUGGGAAUACCCAGGCGGAAAUUCCUCUGACUACAAGCAAUCACCGAAUGAAGAUAAAGUUUCGGAGAUUGAAACGUAUCCCUUGUUGCUGGCUGAAAUUCGGGCAGCAAUAGGACCCAAAAAGCUUCUGACAAUAGCAACCCCGGGUAAGGUGGGGGACUUGAUGGCAUUCACACCCGAAACGGCUCCUUCUAUUUGGCGCUCAGUUGACUGGGUAAACUUGAUGAGCUACGAUCUGUUCAAUCGUCGCGACAAAAUUACUAAACACCACACAGAUGUUAAGGCGUCAUUGGAAAUUGUUGAUUAUUACUUAAACAAACUUUCCCUUGACCCACUAAAACUUAAUCUAGGUUUCCCCAUGUAUGCAAAGUGGGCUACGAUCGAUGCUAAUCAGACUUGUCAAAAUGGACUUGGCUGCGCGACAGCAGAAUUGGAAAGUCCGGACGGAUCAGAUACGGGUUUAAGCGGAGCCAUAACGUUUGAAUUGGAAAACUACGCUACACCCCCAACUAACAUGACCGAAUCAGUCGAUGGAGCCUGUGGCCCCACAGCGGGUACCUUCUGUGCAGCUGGUAAUUGCUGCUCAGCUUUCGGUUUCUGUGGUGAUUCAGCUGCUCAUUGUGAUGCCUGCCUUGGCCCUGUAUUUGGCUCGGGCUGCAAAACGGAGAGCUUGUCCGAAAAAUUCCAAACUGCCAUGAAAAAUGGUGUCACUGAUGAGCAAGCUGGCGGCGAGUACUAUUACGAUCAACAAAAUAACCUCUUCUGGACGUGGGAUACGCCUCAAAUUAUUUCCCGUAAGUUCAACGACAUCGUUAAACCACGCAACCUCGGCGGUGUUAUGGCAUGGAGUUUAGGCCAAGACUCCUUUGACUUUAGCCAUAUUCUUGCGCUACAAAAGGGCGUGGCUGAAAUGAAAACUUCGACUCCCAAUCCAUCCCUACCAACACCACCACAGCCAGACGUAUUCCAAGCUCCGCCACCAGAUCAAAUGACAGUCCCAGAAUUGGCCCCAAAAAUAGAUCCAACAUCAGAUCGAACUGAACUACCGCCUCUAGAUUCUCUGAAAACGCCUAGCCUACCGCCCUUGGACUCUCUCAAAACUCCUAACCUACCAUCUCUUGAUCAGGAAACACCUCAGGGACCAGCUCAAACAAUCGAUGAACCUAGACUUCCACCAAUAGAUUUAUUUCAAGCUCCAUCAAUGAAUCCAACAACAGCUCCAGAAACACUUCCACGACUAGCUUUUUCAGUACCUCAACUACCAUCAUUAUCAUUAUCACUGUCAGGAUCAGGAUCAUUUUCUCAAAGACCGGAGGAUAAUCCCUCACUUCAAUUUCAAGCUGAAUUUAAAUCUGCUAACCGUGGCCAAAAUCCUAGUGAAGGAUCGACUCAAAUAAGAAGAAAUCAAAAAAGAUAUGCUCCUACGAGACUUGCAAGAUUUGUUGUUUGA